UCGUCUGGUGUAGCCGGGCUGAGAACCCGAUGCAGGCCAGCUCGUGAGGAUGCUGGUGCUGCUGCUGCUGCUGGCACGGAUUAAGCCUUUGCGUGCUGGCUACGUGCCGAUGCAAAAGUUGAACCCCUGGGAUGGGGUGAAACUCAUCAGGUCUCGGUUCUUCGCGCGAUCGAAAUGACUAGCUCGUCUGGAGGAGCUUCUAGGUCUGGGGCAGAGCUUCUGCAUUUUUAAAAGAGCGCGAGUGCCUCGAGAGCGGGAUUGCCAAGGGACGGACGGACUGCCCUUCGCAUCGCUAGGUUGAGGUGGAAAAAUGCCGCAGCUGCAGAAGUUGAAAAGCCCCUCUGAGGCCCUUCUAGGAGAAAGUGGCUGUUUCGCUUUGAAGUCUCCAGUCCGUAUCUCAUGCAAAUGUAUUAUAAUCAGACUUUGCCAACGAGCAGUUAUUGACCAUGGGAUUAAAACAGGGUUUAGUCCUAUUUAGAGUAGACCUAUUGAUAUCGGUGGGACUCUUGCGCUAGUCAAGUGACUCCCAUUGAUUUUAUUAGGUCCGCUCUUAGAUGUGAGAGUGCCAGGGUGGUGUGUAAUGGAUAGAGUAUAACGGGUUAGGGUUCAAAUCCCCUUUUGGCCGUGGAAGCUCACUGGACCGGUGACAGUGACAAAGCACUCUUUGAGUAUGCUAUACUGUAUACAGUAUUAAGAAAAAUAUUUUAGGAUCAUUGUAAGUCAGAAGUGAUUUAGUAACUUCAUAACAACACUCUUAAGUGUGCCUAAACUGGGAUCUAAUCUAGUGCAUAAAUAUCACUCUGUCAGGCAUUGCAAAAUUCUAGUAAAGUGUUAAAUAAAUCCAGAUCAAGAUACAUGCGUAGGUAUCUCUAUUUCUUUAUAUUUCAGAAAUGUCAUCAUUUCUGUUUUUCAUCUGUUAGCUUCAGCGUUUGCAGACUUGUCCUGUCUCCUUACUUUACCAUAAUCUCUCUUACUGCUUUUAUUGUGGGAAAUUCAUACUGAAAUUGUUCAGAUGCUUAGUACAGUAGGUUAUUCCUGACUACACUGAGGGAGCAGCUGGAUCACUAUUUCCUGUACAUUGUGUGAGUGCCAAGAAAUAGCUGCUAUCAGGCAGUGCCAGAAAUGAUCCAAAAUGUCACCUUUUUGCCAUCCGAUUGUGCAGUAAGUUAUAUUGUUGGCAGGUAGAGAGACCUCUUGAAUCUUUUCAUAGAGUUGGUGCCCAUGCUUUUUGAACACAUAGGGUGUCAAGGUAUGGCAUCUCCUGUCCUGGCCUUCUAGCCUGUCUUGAAUCUCUGUAGAGCAAGACUAGACUCUUGAGAAGUGGGCUAGGCAGGAGAUGUGAGCUGGGGAGGAGCACAGUAGUGGAAGCAGCCUCUCAUGGUGUCCUGGAAAAUGUACACCCUAGAUAAUCCUACAGGUUUUUCCGUUAAUCGAGAAGACAUUAAGUAGUCCAAAACCUGUGGGCAGCCUUCUGUAGUUCAACUGACCAAGAUACUGUACAAUGACUGCAGCAGCAAAUGAAAGGGGCCCUCAAAAGAUCUGCUUCUUUGACUGGUUGGUCAAUGAGAUCAACAGUGGGAAGUAUGAGGGACUAUAUUGGCUUGAUGAGAACCACACUAUCUUCCGUAUCCCUUGGAAGCACAACGCGAGGAAGGACCUUGUGUCCAGUGAUUACAUGAUUUUCAAGGAAUGGGCUAUGGUCAGCAGGAAGUACAAUGAAGCUGUACAGGAUCCGACCAAGUGGAAAACCAACUUUCGCUGUGCUUUGAACAGUACAAAGAGAUUUGAAGAGGUCAAGUCAAAUGAACCUGAUUUUCAUAGGUACAGAAUCAUCACUACACAGCCCAAUAACGCACCGGCUGCCAACCUUCCUGCUGAUACAAACAACGGCAGUAACCCUGUGGUUGAUAUAAACCCCUGCAAUGAAGGAGUCCCAGUCCUGCACCAGCCUACACCUCUGGUACAGCAAGAGAUAAAUGAUGCCUUUGGAACUCUGACACUAGGAAAUCCAGCCCCAGUGCCAAAUGGGAAUACACCUGGAAACUUCAACCACGAUACUCUCCAGUGGGUUAUGCACCAAGCCCAACUCAAUCUGGGUGGAAUUCAGCCAGUCUCAUGGAAUCCUGCUCUGGGCAAUCAUCCUGUCGAGGAAACUCUGUAUGCACAAAAUGAUGCCUAUGCAGUCCCUGAAAUGGACCAGCCAUUUAGGAAUGAAAAAGUGAAUGAACCAGUAGUGGCGAAUAACUGUUAUGAAGAGCCAGUGAAGUGGUUGGUUCAAAAUGUGGUGAAUUCUCAGUCAUUUGCCACAGUUCCAUUGCAGCAGGCCCAACAAACUAAUCCUGCCACAAAUCAGUACAACCCUGUGGGAGAAGCCCUGCACAAUAACAACUGCUUCAUUGAAAAUGUUUUCAUGGAUGAAGAACCUGAAGGAGAGGAAGUGAUCAUGAACAGUGACACGAGGAAUGGCUGUCACAUGGGGGCAGGCCAGCAACCCAUGAUGGAAGAGGGCAUCUGUGCACUGCCAGCUUUGACCUCCACAGAACCACCUGCCAACACCGCUCCACUGCAGAACAACAUAGCUUUCCCUCUUCGUCUGGAUGUCUCCAUCUACUACCGAGGCAGACUGUUGUGUGAAUUGCAAGUGGAAGAAAGCAGCUGUGUGUUCACCUACAAUCACCACUAUGCCCACGUUCCAUGUAAUGCACAGAUUAUAGUGUUCCCAGGACCGGAGGGGCUACCUGAUGAGAAGCAAGCUUGCCAUACCUUGACAGUGUUGCAGGAAACAGGUCUGCUGCUGUAUCAAAAGAAUGAGAAGCUCUGUGCCAAGCGCCUUGGUAAAAGUAAAGUCUUCUGGGCCUUUUCCAAGCAACUCAAUAACAUGGCUGAACCCAGAAUGUUACCGCGGGACGAAGACAUAGAGAUCUUCAACUAUGAGAAGUUCCUUCAAGAACUGAAGAAAUUCAUGAGUGGCCAAAUACGUUCAUCUCCUGACUAUACCAUCUACCUGUGCUUCGGACAACGUCUUUCUGCCAGCAAACCUAAGGACUCCAAAUUAAUCUUGGUGAAGUUAGUGUCAAGGGUUUGCAAAUGUUGGCAUGAACAAUCGCAGAGGGAAGGAGCCUCCUCCUUAAACACUGAGAACGACAGCUUACAAAUCUCCAACAGCCUAUAUGAUAUGAUAGAACAGCUCUCUACCAGCUAUCUACCAAGGGAGGUACCCUGAAGGUUCUCUUCCUAUCCUAGGAUUAAGUGUCUUGUGUAUGUGUUGGUGAUGGGGGGGGCGCGCUUUCUCCAUUUAAUUUACACAUGACAAUUUAUGCAUGAAAUUUAUUUUUUUAAAAACCACCUCUGUUCUCAAUCUCUGAACUCUGUUAAAUAGCUUAUGAUGAUGGAACUGUUGUGCCACAAUGAUGCAGGUGGAAAAUAGCUCCCCCAGGUCAGGUUCUUCCCAGUAGACUGUGAGAACGCUUGCCCUACUCCAUGAUAGCUGCAGGCAGCCAGCAGUGAGAAAACCUUUAAUGCAUCAUAGAGUAAGACCAGAAAAGACCUA